AUGCUUUCCAGAGGCCUCAGUUCAUCGCUAGUCCGUACUUUAGCAAGAACCUCAUUAAGGGUAAGUUACUGCAUAGUUUAGAGUUGUUUAACGGAAAUUUUGCGGCUCGUAUGAGGCAAAAUAUGAAGACAAAUUUUGGCCUUCCUAUUUGCCGGUGUGUAAAUCAAAACUGACCUCUGCUUUAUUCAUUUGCUAAGAUUUUCCGCUUUUCAUGUACUCUAAGUAGCCAAGCGGCUUAAAUAUAUGUGUAUGUAUGUAUAGUUUAUUUUUAAAGAAUUUAUCCAGUUUACACAAUAUUUAAAAGGUUUAAUGCAGGCUAGUUCAGCCUUGUUGCAAGUCGUACAUUUUGUAUAGUUUAAAGUUGUAUAUUGUAUUUCUUUGUGGUGUAUACAUUGUACAAACUUGUUGCUUAAUGCUUCAUACUGCUGUACUUACAUAUAAAACUAGCUUCAGAAAUAAAUGCAUUCAAGAAAGUCUGAAAGGCUGCAAUAUUAGGACAAAUUUCAAGUGCACAUGCAACAGACAAUAGUAUGUUUUGUAAUAUAAACUUUGUACUUCAGGGGGGCUAUUACCAUUGAAUAUAGAGACCAUACAGAAAGCCAACUCAGCCAAAAUAACGUAACCGCCGGCACGCCAUGAUUCUCGAUGAUUUGUUGUCAAAAUGCACUUGCCAUGUUCCUAGCCAGUGUACUUAUGAGAAGCAUUCACCCCCUGAAUGUCUGCCCAUUUUGAAUAUUUUCAGGGGGGUGAAUGACUGAAUGCCUCUUAUAAGCACACUGGCUAGGACAGCAUUGCAGCGGUUACACCAAAAUCAUAAGUCCAAGUUAAUUUCAAAAGCUAUGUCCUAGGUACAAAGUCCUUCCACACACAUUUUGCAAAUGACACAGUCUUGCAGUAGACCAGAUUGAGUGUAAAUUCUCCACUAGAACUUUGUGAUUUUUGCCAUAGGGUUGUGUAAACAAUGUCAAGCCUGCCAUCAGACAUCUUAGCACAACCAGCAGAUGUUUAGCUGGGCCAGGUACCGCCGAAGUUUCUUCGAUUCUCGAAGAAAGGAUAAUUGGCACAGCCACUAAAGCCGAACUAGAAGAAACUGGCCGAGUUCUGUCUAUUGGUGAUGGUAUCGCUCGUGUCUAUGGCCUCAAUAAAAUCCAGGCCGAUGAAAUGGUGGAAUUUUCUAGUGGUUUGAAG